CUACCAACUGAAACCAAAUUAGUAAUCAGAUAAUGGACAUCUCUUCAGCUUCUGAAUGUAGCAGCAGCACCGAAGAACUAAUGCUGGCUUCGUGAAUCCCUAAAAAGAGAGCCGGAAGGAAGAAGUUCAAAGAGACUCGACACCCGUUUUACCGAGGAGUGAGGAGAAGAAAUCCCGGCAAGUGGGUGUGUGAAGUGAGAGAACCAAAUAAUCAAUCAAGAGUGUGGCUGGGGACGUAUCCGACAGCAGCAAUGGCGGCCCGGGCACACGAUGUGGCGGUUUUGGCCAUGAGGGGGCGGUCGGCUUGUUUAAAUUUUGCUGACUCAGUGUGGCGGCUGCCUGUACCGGAGUCUAACAAUGUAAAGGAUAUACAAAAGGCAGCGGCUGAGGCUGCAGAGGGGUUUAGACAGACGGAAGACGCCAUGGAGUUGUUUAAGCAGACGGUGGUGGGAACCAAUGAAUUGCCGGAAGUAGUGGUCUACGCCGAUGAGGAGGAGAUAUUUGGAAUGUCUGGAUAUAUUGCUAGCAUGGCUGAGGGACUCAUGGUACCGCCACCUCAGAUGGUGGGGUAUGCUAACUUUGUGGAUGAUGAAGAUUUUUGUGUUGACAUGUCUUUAUGGAGUUUUAUGUAAUUUCUUUUAGUAAGAUAUAUUUUC